AUGGCAGACAAUGUUGACGUCUCCGCCACUUCUCCUUUCGAAGGACCCGAAAAGCUUCUAGAGAUCUGGUUCGCUCCCAGCCCGGCUGAUUCCGGCCUGAGGAAGGUCCCCAGGCAUGUCUGGGAGGACAUGCUUGCCAUCGUUAAAUGUCAAGUGCUGAGCGUUAUAGAAGGAUCGGAAAUGGAUGCGUAUCUGCUGAGUGAAUCCUCCUUUUUCGUCUCACCACACCGUCUCAUCUUGAAGACGUGUGGAACUACCCUGAAUUUGCUCGGAUUGCCGCGUAUUCUAGAUAUCGCGCGCGAACACGCCUCUCUUCCAUCCGUCUAUCGUUGCUUCUACUCCCGCAAAUCAUACUUCUUUCCUGAGCGCCAGAAGGGCCCUCACCGAGAGUGGAAAAACGAGGUCCAGUACCUGGAUGGAAUAUUCGAAAAUGGAGCCGCUUAUACGGUCGGCAAAGUGAACGGCGAUCACUGGCUCCUCUACAUCACAAAUCCUUCUAGUGAUGCUUCAAACUCUCCCGUUGCAUUUUCCCAGCGCACUGAUUAUACCAUCGAAAUCCUCAUGACCCGACUGUCUCCAAAUGCUACUCAAUCAUUCAUCUUUGGGCCUGACGCGGACGAGUCCGAAGAGUCACCGUCCUCGCGUGCACAAACACUUUCGUCCACAAUCGGAAUUUCUGAUCUGUUCCCUCCUCAUCUGACUACUCUGGAUGCUUUCGCGUUUUCUCCCUGUGGCUACUCCUCCAACGCUUUAUUAAAAUGGGGCAAUGCAGCGGAGGGUAGAGAAGCUCCCGGAGCGGGCACGGAUGAUGAGGGCGGGGAAGGAUACUACACCAUUCACGUCACGCCCGAAGAAGGUUGGUCCUACGCCAGCUUCGAAUGUAAUGUGCCCCUCGCAAGCCAUCAGGCACCACAACCACAAAGCAUUCCCGACAUCAGGACGCUCGUUCGGCGCGUCGUGGACAUAUUCCAGCCAGGGCGCCUCUCGCUCACGCUUUUCAUUUCGAGCGAGGGGAACAGCGAGGCCGAGGAAGAGAGAGGGGAGUCCGCCGUCGAGGCCGCUCAGCGCGCGUUCAGAGCCGCGCUGACGUCGUCCGCUGCCGCGGGGGGCGCGUACAAGAGGACAGACAAGAUCAAUUAUGAGUUCGGAGGGUACGACCUCGCGUUCGCGAGCUUCGAGUUGUGCGCGUAAUCUAGGGGAGACGCCUCCAGCAAUGCGGCGCGUUGACCGGUUGGCCGGUUGCGUUACGUAGAAGGGUUCCAAGCAUGCGUCUGUAUACUGUGGUGCCACUAUGGUGCGGUGCGGAGCGUCAAAUCCCGCCCGUCGCUUCUUCUGAUAAUGGACUGUUCUCGCGUCGCGUGGCUAGAAGGUGUGGGAGAAUAGAGAUCUCAAAAAUGUACGGUAGUAUUUACGAGCUUGUGUCUAUUUUGUAUUGCUUCCCUGU